UCGGUACGUCGGUCAAAUGUCGGGAACACCGCUUCAGUGUACUUAGGAAGAAUGACUGAAGAGACGAGACGACUGAUUGACGAUUGCAGUGAAAGUGAAAGCCAUUUGGACGAGGAAAACGACUCUUCUCGAGGUCGAGUAAGGUUUUGUCGACUGCUUACCGUCAAGCUUCACUUUUUCACGUUCUUUGCGGGUUGGGGUUGUCUCCUUCCCUAUUUGACGCUCUACUACCGCUACGUCGGUCUUUCGGCUCGCCAGAACGGCGUCGUUCAAUCUGUCAGACCGUUUGUCAACUUCGCAGCGACGCCUCUCUGGGGCGUUGUUGGGGAGAGAUUCGGUGGUGUCAAGCUAAUUUGGGUCGUUUCCCUGCUGCUGCAAAUCGUUCUGACUUGGUUGAUUGCGUUAGUGAGGCCAGACACAGACAGAGGAAACCUAGAGCGUGUAUGCUACUGCGGCAACCAAUCCAAUUUGUCGGAAUGGCUGACGUCCACGUCGGACGGUCACUCCCAAAUUCAGUUUUCUUUUCUACAAAGGAGUAGAAAUACGACGCAACUUUGUCGUGAAUUAAGACGAGAUGCGUUGGAUGCCAGAAAUAUAAAGUUGCUGGAGAUUGCAGGUCUCGUUGCUGUCGGUGAGGCCUUUGCUGCUCCUGGUCCACCUCUGUCUGAUUAUUACACUUUGGAGAUAUUGGGUUCUAGGAGACAUGGUGACUACGGAAAGCAAAGAGUAUGGGGAACUGUAGGAUGGGGAUUGGCAUCAUUUGCUGUAGGUUUUGUUUCGGAUGAGCUAGGAAGUUCAUUAUGCUCACCAGACUAUUCCUUGUACUUUUACCUGUUUGGUGGUCUUACGGCUUUAUCCGUCUUAUUUGCCAUUCUAAUGGGAAUGGGUCACAAAAGUGGCCACAAUCUAAGUCAGACAAGCGAACCCAGUCUACCAAAUCAACUGAAUCAACCACAGGUGAACUUCUGGUUCAAGUUGAGGUUAUUGCUCAAGAAUCCAAGAGUUGUCCUGUUUCUUGUUGCUGCCUGGUUGAUUGGAAUGUUAAUGUCUGUUAUUGAGAGUUUCCUCUUCUGGUUUAUACAGGAUCUGGGCGGUGGUAAGACAAUCAUGGGAUUGUCUGUUUUGGUCAUGUCACUCGGAGAAAUCCCAGCAUUUGUUCUAUCUGAUUGUUUGAUUUCUAGGAUUGGAUACACAGGCGUCUUGUGUCUGACGUUUGUUUGCUAUGCUGUUCGUUUUGUUGCCUACUCUUUUAUAACCAUUCCGUGGACUGUGCUGCCUGUUGAGCUUCUUCAUGGAGUAACGUUUGCUCUUCGAUCGGCAGCUCUGGUGUUAUAUGCUCGUGCUGUUGCUCCCAGUGGUUUGGAAGCUUCGGCACAGACCCUUUUUGAAGGUGUACUAACAGGUCUGGGUGGAGGAUGUGGAGCAAUUCUUGGCGGUUUGUGCUGGCAACAUUUGGGCUCACGAAUGACUUUUCGAAUAUCAGCUUGGGUAUCUAUAGCAGGUUUGGUUCUAUUUUGUGUUGGUCAUGCAAUCAUAUCUGCUUGCUGUGGAGAGAAAUAUCCAAACAGGAAGGAGAGUUUAUUACCUUGGUAAUCAAUCAACAAAUCUUGUAAAACAGACGUAGACAAAUACCGUAUAACCACUUUUUACCGUCCCACCGGUUUUACCGUCCUUUUAUAAGCGCCAUAUUGCAGUCAAAUGACAUCCGACAGGAAUAAGGAACGACCUCUUCCGCUCUUACUGCCCGGUCUGAUGCGCGAUUGAUUGAACGAGGCGUACUCCGAGGCGCUUCCAAGCAGUAGUUACGCAACGUACAGGACGCUGUCACCAGUGGCGGAUCCAGGAAUCAGCUGAAGGACGUGGACAAGACAAGUUGCAGCGAAAAGUUAGCAGACUGAACCGAUACCUCAAGCAAAUAAGCUGUCUGACUUAGGCAUGUGCCCUUGCACUAUACUCCUUGGUCAAUAGCUACAAAUAGCUACAGCCUACGCACUCGUCACAAGCCAACGAUUAAUUUACAAAUCACAAUCAGCAGCAGAGUUUGAACUAUCAGAACCUGAAGUGUCAGAGUCUGAGUCAACCAUGAGCGGUGGAAAGGAUUUGCCACUAAUAGCUAUAGAGUCUUAGGUUACAACCAGAAUUGCUUCUGUCAAACUCAAGAAUGUACAGAGUUUGCUAACGAGAGGCGCGCCGUGUGCUCCGCCAAAGAUACCAAUCACGUUUUUUCACAGACUUGUUCCGGACCUUCCCCAUGUUGUUGAAGCCUGCAGGCAUAUCAUGUAUAUUUUACAUAUCGAUCAGAGCUGUUGGGUGCAUGGUUUCCAUGUUAAGUGUCUGCCUCAAAUUAGUGCUACACUCCAAUAAGCGCCUUCCUUCAAAGUCCGCGUAAAAUUAAGCGGCGCAGCGGUAAUUACAAAGUGGUUAUAUGGCAUGGAGGACUCUCUACCCUAUCAACAAGACAGUGACAAUUGCUAUCUGACUCAGAAAAUCCUUUUUACAAACAGGAUUUGUUAACUUGUUGCAAGCUGUGUUUCUAUAUAGAAUUACAACUUUAUCAUGUCUCAUUUACAUAGGAAAUAAAAACAGAAAAUUGGA